GUGAACCGCGAAUGUGGACUUCUGAAAGGCCUUGACCACCCGUUCAUCAUGGCUUUGGUGAAGACGUUCGAAACCGACAGGAGUGUGUACAUCCUCACGGAGCUCAUCACUGGCGGGGAGCUGCACGGUGCCAUUCGGGAGAUCCCCACGGUCCUUUCCAGGGCGCAGGCGCAGUUCUACACCGGAUCCCUCGUGAUUGUGCUGGAGGAGCUGUCGGAGCAGAGAAUCGUCUACCGGGACCUGAAACCGGAGAACGUGAUGCUCGACUCCCAAGGAUAUCUGAAGCUGAUCGACUUCGGCAUCGCGAAGAAGAUGGCAGAAGGAGAGACACGCACCUUCACCAUGAUCGGGACGCCGCACUACAUGGCUCCGGAGGUCAUGAGAGGCCACGGCUAUGGAACGGAGGCGGACCUCUGGUCUUUGGGUAUCAUGCUCUUUGAGUUCGUAUGUGGCUACCUGCCUUAUGCAGAUGAGCUGGAUGAUCCAACAGAAGUCUGCACUUCCGUGCUCAAGGAUCCCCUCGUCUUCCCACAGCGUUUUAAGGACGCCGCUGCCCGGACCUUGAUACAAGGGCUUCUGAAUCGGCAGCAGAAGAAGCGGCUUGGGGUGGGCUUUCGGGCCUGGGAGGACAUCAAAAGUGAGGACUUCUUCACGCACGGCCAUGACGAGGUGUCUGUCUUCGACAAGAUCCUGGGCCGCGACCUGGAUCCUCCUGUCCAUCCACGUGGGGAGAC